AAAGAUGCCACCAAAAAAGCGCGCAGUCUCGCGAAAGCCAGCCGAGCCCACCAUCAAACUGUUUUCGAGUAUCCCGAAAAUUUCGUCGAUAUUCGAUGAAGUAAGCGAGGCUCAUGACGACGCGGCUGCAAAAGUUUUCGCAGAUCUGUACAAGAGGAUGUCCUCGAUCACAGAAGAACUGGCCACGCCUCAAUUCUCGGCGGAACAGCUAUUAAAUGCCGUCCUAAAACCCGGACGCAUUGAUGCUGAGUUUGUUGAGUUGAUUUCAAGACAGAAAGCGAAACCCGCUCAACCGUCCAGUUCAAGUCACCGCGGAGAUGAUGAUAUGGAAACCGACGAAGUCGAGACAGAUCAAGCAGGACCCAUCACUCCACGAGCCGGCUCAGUAGCGACUGAUGGUGAUUUCGAAGAGGACAUAUUGCCAGUCACGUUGAAGCGCAUGCAGCAAAUGAGCAUAUCCAAAAAGAAGACCGAAGGAAGCAUCUCACGAAAUGCAGCGUACAGUGGCACUCCUCGCAGAAAUCCACCGCGUGAGGCUCACAAUCAAGCUACUCCGCGCAACAUUUUCUCGUCAACACCUGGACGUAUGGCAGGAACUCCCGGCCGUGCAGCUGUGGUUCCAAGGACGCCCCAUCGUGUGAUUCCGUUCAAUGAUGCAGAAAAAGAUCCGAAUGCAAGGAUGAAGCAUGCUGAUGAGCUCCGGAUGAAAGAGCUCGAGAAGAAAAGGGAGAAAGCACGGAAGGACGAGGAGAAGCGGAAUGCUGUCAUGGAGCGCAGAAAAGAGCAGGAAAGAGUUCGUCAGGAAAAGCUCGACCAGUUGAAGCAAAAGGAAGAGCGUAAUGCUAAUUUGGCGAAACUUCACAACAGUGCAAAGUCGCCAACAAGAGCUCGUUUGAUGCAAGACCAUGCUCCAAACAAGGCUGCAAGUAGAAAAAUCUUCCCAACGGCGGAAAGCACAUCCACUCCUGGUCGAGGCCCUGCUAAGAAGGGAAAAGUUGAGAUUCUAAUUGGCUCAGAUGGACAGAAGACUGCUCCUGUGGCUCAGCCGACCGUUGAACUAUCGCCUUCCCGAGAAUUGCAACGAAACGGUAGCCGGCAAGUCAAAAUGGAGCCGAUGAGCUGUGAUGAUUCAACUCCACCGGCGCGUCAACAUAAACCAAAGGCGAAAGCGACGAAACGAUCGGCCCACGCAGCUUCGUCUUCUACAUCAAAUGUUGAAGCUGCUGCCGCACUUGCCGCUCUUCAGGAACAGCAACGUAUUCAGCUGGAACAGGAGCAGUAUCUGCUACAGUUAGCAGAAGAUGAACGACGAAAGCGGGAGCAGAAGGAAAUGAAAGAGAAAGCGGAGAAGGAGCGUCAACUCAGAGCUCGAGAAGAGCAGGAGCAUUUUCUGGCCGUUCAGAGAGAAGAGCAAGCUCAGCUGGAGAAGCAAAGAGAGCGAGAAGAGGCAGAGCUCCAGGCAACACUCGCAAGAUGCGCGGAGAAACAAGCUCGUCAGGAAGCUCUUCGAAAAACGCCACCACCUGCAGCCUACGAAAUGACUCCGCCACGUACCUAUCAAAACAACUCAAAGAAUGACUAUGGUUUGAACGAUCUUAACAGUGAUGACGAGACAGAUCAAGAAGAUGAUCCACGCAAAGAUGUCCCGGCUUGGGCCGAAUUCGCAGUUGUCCGUGAGAAUGUCAGAAGACAUGCCAUUAAUCCACCAUUCGACGUGGCUCAAUUCUUCGGAUCGAUUGGAAAGCCAAAUCUAAAGGAAAUCUUUAGUGAUGCUGUCAAAGUCAAGAAGCGCGGAUCGUCAGCAGUGUGGAAAAAGAGUCCAUCAACGUUAAACACGUCGUCUCGCACAAUUCUUCAAGACAUUUCGGAAUGAUGUUGUACCGAAGCAGCUUACAUCGCCAGGAGUCGCUCCAGCAUGCGACAUAAUCUUUUUUCAAAAAUUGUAAAAUGUUUUUAUAUUUCGUAUUGAGUUAUUUUUUAUUUUCAAUGUUUCCCCCUUUUUAACGGAGAAUACAAAAACUCCAUCGGCCCUAACUUUACAUUAAAUUUUUUUUUCGCUGUAAAUAAUAAUUCUUC